AUGUCAACAAAUCUUGGGCCAUCGCUGGAGAAGGGGAUCUGGGCCGCGGUGAUCAUCGCAGCGGUGAUCGUAAUCCUGCGUGUGGUUGCUAAAAUUAAGAUCAAACGGUUUGGCAUUGACGAUGGUAUCAUGAUCUUCGCUGAGUGCCUUGCCAUCGCAUCCACAGUCUUCUUGACCUUGUCAGUAAAGCACGGCUUCGGCAAAGAUUUGACCAAAUUACCAUCGGCCGAUCAAGAGGCCGUCCUCAAGUAUAUCGCCAUACAAAUUCCCGUCGUCACCUUCAGUACCACCUUCGCGCGGUCUGCCUUCAUCAUCUACCUCAUUCCUCUUCUCGGCACCAACAAAUAUCACCAGGCCCUGCUGUGGGCUUUCCUGGUCAUACAAUUCAUCGGAAAUACCGCAUCUGCAGUGCUGCCCCUCAGCAUCUGUCACGAUGUCGCCGCGCUGUGGGAUCCCAAGGUGGCCGUGUCAACAACAUGCGGCGACUUGAAGGCCGUGAUCAACUUCGCCUACUAUUCUAACAGCUUCAACUCCGCCACCGAUCUGUUCCUGGCCGUUUUCCCCGCAGUGGUAUUCUGGAACCUCAACCUCAAACUACGCAUCAAGAUCAGUUUGAUUGUUCUUCUCAGUCUGGGAAUUGUGGCAAUGGUUGCAUCCAUUAUCAAGACGACCAAACUCACCUCGCUGCCCAGUAUCACCAACAUCGGAGCCAGCGGUGGCAUAGAAUUGAUCCGCUGGGGUUAUAUCGAAAACACCAUCAUUAUCAUAACAUCCUCGAUCCCUUGCAUUCGCCCCUUGAUUAUCUCCUCCGUCCGCAAGAUGUCCAGUGGCAAAUUCUCUCGCUCCUAUGAGCUCAGUCGUCCGUUCACCGGCCGCAAAUCAGGCGCCCUUCCCAACGAUACCAACCAGUCGCGCCGCACCCGCAGAUUCAAGCCCGACAUUGAACAUGGUAGCGUCGAUCGCAUUCUCGAUCAUGAACAAAGCGCCCACACAAGUACGUCUGUUGGUGGUCAACCCGAAUCGCCUACUUUCUUUGCACCUGGUAUCACGAAGCAGGUUGAAAUCUCGGUGUUCACUGAUACCAACGGUCAACCUAGGGAAAUGACGCAUUUCUAA